UAAAUUGAGUGCUACAGGAUAUAGGUUAGUUUGUCAAGUCCUUUUUAUUGAAAAGAAAAACGAUGGAUUCAAUAGCAUCAACUAAACAAUCAAACAGAAGCAGAUUUAAACGAAGUCAGCAUAAAAAAAUUUAUCAUAAAUCGAAAAAAGGUUCGAAUUCCAACGAUUCUCAUAGCCAUGACAAAUCCUCACAACAGAUAUUAUUUCAAUUGGACCGUCGUUUUGCUGAAAUAAGCGAUGACGACGAGCCUAAAAGCAGUAAAUCCUUUGAAGAACUCUUGAACGCACCAGUUUCCACCUCGACCUUCGUAUUCAAAAGUGAAACCAAGUGGACAUGGGACGCAUCUCAGUUUAGUGAUUAUUUUUCAGUUGACGUCAAUCAUUUAUCGAAAAUAUUCAAAUGUAUUCCCUUCAACGAAUACGUCAGCGUCGAGGAAAAAUACUUUAAUAAGGACGAGUUGACCUUGAUAAAUUCAUCUGCUGAGCUGUCCAGAAAAGAUUACAUUAAGGAACUAGAGUCGUCCCUUGUUUCUGAACAGUCGACAGACCCAGAUAAGGCCCUUAACCAUAAGACCAUUCAAUCUGAACAGGACAUUGAUGCCGUGGAAAAUAUCGAGGAAGAUCUUGAUUUUUUAUUAUCGCUAAAAGAACCAGUGCGAGUGUUACCUGUAAAUAUUUCAUCUGGCACAUCACGAGUUGCAGAAGAUGUGAAAGGGAGGAGAGACGUAAAACCAACAAAGUCCAUUGACUUGGAGAAAUGGCUGGAUUCUGUACUGGAUGAUUGAUAUAUUUAAAAAUCAUUGAGUAAUUUUCAUUAAUUUUUUGGUGUCAGAAAGGAUUCCAUUGUUUCAUUGUAAGAAAUAUCAA